AUGGAUAAAAGUUGGAUAGAAAAGCCAAGAAAUAGCAAGGCUUAUAUGGAUGGAGUGGUCAAUUUCAUUAGAUUUGCCACUGAGAAAUCAUCUGUUAGAGGAAAAAUUGUAUGUCCUUGUAGAAAAUGUUCCAAUUGUUCGUCACAUACUCCAGAAGUUGUUGAGGAGCAUCUUAUGUGGAAGGGUUUCUCAGUAGGCUAUACCGAGUGGAUAUUUCAUGGAGAGUCUUUGAGUGCAUCUUUAAUAGAAAGCUCCCAUAAUAUCUUUGCUUCAAAUACUCCAACUUCCACUAAUGUGCAUGAGGGUACCAUAGGACAAGAUGACAUAAGAGGAUUGCUUCGAGAUGCCAUAGGGAUACCUGAUAUAAAUUUGAGUAGUAAUCCAAUAAGUAAUGAGGAUAUCAUGAGGAAUUCAAGCGAAGCCAGUCGACAACAAGAUUCAUCAAUUGACGAUACGACUUCAUAUGCUAAUUUAAUGCAAGACUGUGAUCAAGAACUUUAUUUGGGAUGUCUCGGAUACGAAAAGAUUCAUGCUUGUCCUAAUGAUUGCAUGUUAUAUUGGAAUGACAAGAUAAACCAAGAAACUUGUCAUGUAUGUGGAUCUUCAAGGUGGUUAAAGAAUAAAGAAGAUGAAGAUGACACUUUAGGAGAGGAUGAAGAUACGAUUAAGAAGAAAAAGCCGGCCAAAAUAUUGCGGUAUUUUCCUCUGAUUCCAAGAUUAAAAAGAAUUUAUAUGUCGUCGAAGAUGGCUUCCUCCAUGAGAUGGCAUGAAGAAGGCCGUACAAAGGAUGGAAUCUUAAGGCACCCAGCUGAUGCCUUAGCAUGGAGAUCAUUUAAUGAUCACCAUCCAGAUUUUUCUUCUGAUCCUCGUAGUAUUAGACUCGGACUAGCAAGCGAUGAAUUUAACCCUUUUAGAACAAUGAGCUCCAUAUAUAGUACGUGGCCUGUUAUGCUGAUCCCAUAUAAUCUUCCACCAUGGUUGUGUAUGAAAAAAUCAGCAUUAAUACUAUCUAUGGUUAUCCUUGGUGAGAAUGGUCCAGGCAAUGAUAUUGAUGUCUAUUUGCAGCCUCCGAUACAUGAAUUGAAAAUAUUGUGGGAUGGUGUCGAUGCAUUUGAUGCUUUCACAAAGCAAAACUUUAACAUGCGGGCUGCUCUACUUUGGACCAUCAAUGAUUUUCCUGCCUAUGCAAUCUUAUCUGGUUGGAGUACUAAAGGGCGAAUUGCUUGUCCUUGUUGUGGUAAUUCGACUCAUUCACGUUGGCUAAAGCAUAGAGGAAAAUUUUGCUAUAUGGGCCAUCGUAGAUGGUUAGAAGAAAGCCACCCAUUUCGAUUUAAAAAGGAUGACUUUGAUGGUUCUGUAGAGUUGCGGUCUGCUCCAACUACACUAUCAGGAACUGACACUCUUAGGCAACUAGAGGGCAUCAACUUUCAAUAUGGAAAAGGUGCUAAGUUUUCUAAGAAAAGGGCAAGAGAGGAAGUUCGUAACGUUAUUAAUGAAGAGCUAGUGGAAAAGGAUAAUAAUACAAGCCAAGUUGCAGUCUUUGAGGAUGCCGACGAUUUGAUCAACGAUCCUCAAAACUUGGAUGAGGAUGGAGUACAUAGUGUAGAUCAACAACUAUGGAAAAAAAGAAGCAUCUUUUUUGAUCUACCUCAUUGGAAGGAUAAUCUUCUUCGACACAAUUUAGAUGUAAUGCAUAUUGAAAAAAAUGUGUGUGAUAAUUUGGUAGGUACUAUGUUGAAUAUUGUUGGAAGGACUAAAGACAACUUAAAAGCACGUUUUGAUUUGAAAGAUAUAGGUAUAAGGCACGACCUCCAUCCUAAGGUUUUGCCUAAUAAUAAAACUCAUUUGCCUGCUGCAUGUUAUACUAUGUCGGUUGAUGAAAAAGUUCGUUUCUUAACUGUUUUGAAGAAUCUCAAAGUUCCAGAUGGUUAUGCUUCUAACAUCUCACGUGGUGUAAAUCUAAAGGAACGCACACUAACAAACCUUAAGUCUCAUGACGGUCACAUUUUGAUGCAAGACAUCCUACCAAUAGCUUUGAGGGUUGCUAUGCCCAAGCAAGUAGCAGUUGUUGCUAUUGUUUCGGAGUUAUCAUCUUGUUUUAAAGCAUUAUGCUUAAAGGCUCUCGACAUUGAGGAGCUUGAUCGGUAUUUAGUACGCUUAAAGUCAUAUGUACGCAAUAGAGCUCAACCUGAGGGCUCUAUUGCAGAAGGGUACAUUGCCGAAGAGUGUUUGACAUUUUGUUCGAGGUAUCUUGAAGGUGUGGAGACAAUUUUCAAUCGACCGCAACGAAACUAUGACAAUGUGCAUAAUGCAGAUGAUUAUAUGUUCUCAUCUAGUGGACGAGUUCUAGGAAAGUUUGAGAGUGUCAUUCUUGAUGAAAUUUCUCUAUCACAAGCACAUCGUUAUGUGCUACUCCAUUGUGAUAAGAUAUCCUCCUAUCGUAGUGAAUUUUUGGUUGCUCAGCGAAGAGCAAAUCGUAACAUUCGAGCUAACCCAAGUAUCGAGCAUAAAUGGCUGGUUGAAAAUUUUUCUAAUUGGCUUCUUACAAAGGUUCCAAAGAUGGCCGAGAACAAUUGCCCAGAGGAAAUUAUUGCAAUUGCCCGAGGUCCAAAUAAUGUCGCUAAGAGAUAUAGUGGCUUUGUUAUUAAUGGGUUUAGAUUCCAUACAAAAAAUCGUGAGAAAUUAAGAAAAACCCAAAAUUCUGGAGUGAUGGUUGAAGCAGAAGGACAAGAUUAUUAUGACAAACUCACAGAUAUUUUUGAGUUAGAUUACUAUGAAAGCUUUAAGGUCGUCUUGUUUCGUUGUGAGUGGGUUGAUAUUAGGUCACCAAGAGGAAUGAAAAAGGACACAAAUGGCUUUGUUCUUGUGAAUUUUUCUAAGUUAAUGCACACUGGGCAAUUAUUGAAAGAUGAUCCAUUCAUAUUCUCAUCUCAAGCAAAACAAGUUUUCUAUAUUCAAGACAUGAAGAAUGAAGAAUGGUCUUAUGUCUUUAUAACAAAGCCAAGAGACUUGUAUGAUAUGGGAACAACAUUGCAAGGAGAGGAUGAUGAUGAUCAGACAUACACUCAAUGCAUGCCGUUUAAUAUUAUUGAUGCUAACCAAUUAGAUAAUUGUGCAAGUUGGGCAAGAACAGAUGUUAAAGGAGAGAAUAGUCUUUGA